AAGAGGAACACAAUUGCAAGCAUUUAUGAAAAUACCCCUCCAGAGCGGUGAACUAGUCCCCAGUCUCCCUAUAUCCACCUCCAGCCAAUCAGCUGAAAGUUGAUCCGGCGCUGCGAAUCGCGAUCAACCGUCCGAGCUCAACUUUUCCCAAUUCCUCCAUCAACUACAUCACCACCACCGCCGAGUCCUCCGCAAAAGCGCAACGCCCACGAAAACACUACCUCUCUCAAUUCAGAUCAGCUUAACGCCAUGGCGUCCGAGAGAGAUCCUGCGGAGGCAUGCCCUGUCGAUCAUAAAACCCGCGAAGCAUGGCUUGAACAAGCACGAAAGUCACAAUCUCCCAUCCCAAAUCCACAUGCUUCGAUACCCACCGCUCCAUCACUGCCCUCACAAACCCAGGAAGGUUGCGACUCCUCCAAACUAGAUCAAUCUCCCUCCCCUAGCACCGGCGUCGCAUCUAAAAUAGGCCUGGCCACCCAGCGAGAGGUCUCGACAAUACCGCGCGUCAGCCAAAAUGCGCCAGGUGAAAGACCAGCCAACAAUGAGUCGGAGACAGGCGCAGACAAGAAGACUGGAAACUGGAUAUAUCCGUCCGAGGAAAUGUUUUUCAAUGCCAUGAAGAGGAAGAGUUACAAUCCGAACGAGACAGACAUGAGGACGAUUGUGCCGAUCCAUAACGCAGUCAAUGAGAGGGCGUGGAAGGAGAUCAAGGAUUGGGAGAAGGGACGAGGAGCUGAUGCUUGCGGAGGCCCUCGCCUGGAAUCAUUCUCAGGCCUCUCGAAAGCCUUGACCCCCCGCGCGCGAUUCAACGCUCUCCUCGGAUAUCAAACACCGUUCGACCGACACGAUUGGGUGAUCGAUCGAUGCGGGACGAAGGUCGAGUAUGUAAUCGAUUUCUAUGCCGGCAAGGACGAAAAGAAGCAGGGAAAAUCUUUGAACUUUUAUCUGGACGUAAGGCCUAAGUUAAAUUCUUGGGAAGGCAUCAAAACAAGGGCGUUGCAUUCUAUUGGGUUGUGA